CGAAAGUAUGCAUGUACACACUGUCGAAAAGCGUUCACGAGACCAUCUUCGCUACGUACACAUAUUUACUCGCAUACAGGUCAAAAGCCAUUCGCAUGUACUUUUAGAGAUUGCGACAAGCGCUUUAGUGUUUUGAGCAACAUGCGACGUCAUAUGCGACGCCAUUCU